CGUACUCUUUCAACAUGAUGCGCCAAAAUCUUCCAUCUUGGGUAGCCUUUUGGCUUCUUCUUUCCAGCAUUAUUUGUGCGAUUGACGCCUUUUUUGUUCUGUUACGCCCUCAUACACUACCUGGAGGAAAGUGGAAUUACCUUUUCAAACCAUGUGAGUAUGGCGCUUUUUACACCCCACUAUUUUCCCGCCUCUGUUUUUGACUGGAGAACUGCAUCUUUGGAGAUCUUUGAACAGGGGAGGACGCUGAUCCAAAAUGGGAGAAAAAAAAAGAACAUGUAAAGUUGACCUGUAAAUUCAAAUGAAACUUUUUUUUUCACUACCAAUCUGCAAGUUUUACCAAAAAUGUUUCCCACCAAAAUGAGGCCUAGUAUAGUAAGUGCCUAGCAAAUGAAAGUGAAAAUGGGAUAAGAUAUUGAUUGGCCUGAUGGCAACUCCAUGAUUGACCCAGAAAUAAAUAAAUGGCUUGAAUAGCUUAAAAUGACACUAUUCAAAAUUUCAAGGAGCAAAUGGGUUAAAUCACUUCAGCUCUUAAAGUUUUAUUCUAGAUUUGAUUGGUGGCUUGUUUUAUUAUAGUCUCUCUAAGGAAAAAAAAUGAAGCAAGAGCCAUUCAGAGAUUGCUCUCUGGCAUGUAGGGGUUUAAUAUAAUUCUCAGUAAUUUUCUGAGAAUCAUCCCUGUACCUUUUACAUGAGUUGCCCCCUUCCUAUACACUCAGGUCAGGUGACAGGCAAUAUAUCAACAGAGUGGAUACUUUCUCUGUUAAAUCCUAUAAGUGAACUUCCAAAGAGCAGUUAUGCCAUCAAAUUAUUUUCUUGUUCACACAUCCAAAUGUUGUGAAAAGUCCUGUCAUUUUUCUGUUUGUAUUCAGACAAUAUUUACAUCCAAGUUGAUGCAAGAUACAAAGAUCUUAAAGAUGCAUUUGUUAUUGGCCAAAGCUGGUAAGGUUUUUUUCAAGUACUGUUUUGGAUAUGGAGCAACUCUGUGCGCUCAUCAAAGGAAAUAAAAAAAUAGUUUCUUAUUGUCAUUCCAUGAAUGUUUUGUAUACGAGAUAGUAAAGUGUAUAUAGCCAAAAAAGCAUGUGGUGCCAAUUGGCUAUAACUGUAAUCACCUCAUAAUCCAACAAGCAUGAGUGGAAUGUAAUGAUUUACUGAUAACUUUUUAAUUUAUACUACAGUCAAACCUCCAUGUGCAACCACCUCUCAUAAGCGACCACCCUCCAUAAGCAUUUUGGGUAGCUGCUUACAGGAGUUUCAACUGUAAUUCUCAGAAAUGAGACUGGAAGAGACAACUGACUCAAGCUUAUCAUAGACUGUUUGUAACACAAAUAACACAGCUAGGGUUCGAAUCACUUUACUAAAACUAGCACAACAGUAACACGAGUCGUAGGUCUCCUAAACUGCACAUGUCCAACCCAACUCGGGCUCAGGCCCCACGCUACACUACCCCCUCCCACAUAAGGUCCGAAGUACAAGAGAGAAUUUUUAACUUAAGCAUGUAAAUGUUCCUACAAAGUUCAAGGGCCAGGUUGGGUAAACAACAACUGUUCUAACAUAGUCUCGUAGCCAGACAGGCUCCCUUCGCUCACGUCUUGGCCUCGCAGCAUGACACGGUUCACGACGCGGUUCAUCACUCACUUGAGAAACCUCAGACUGACACGGCAGGUCAGCAGUUCGAGGGGAUGUACUUAAUGUAGCACUAGAUUCACCACUAGAUUCACGCUCCUGGAAGGGAUGAGAAACCUCUGUGACUGUAGCAACUGGAUUUUCCAGCCAUUCCAAUUCGACAUCUCCAGAGUCAACUAAGGUUCCUCGAGACGGUUGCUGCCCGUUCCUCAGGUUCUCCGCUUGUGGCGUAUCUUCCGCAUGGCUGGAAGAGGUUAACUGUGAGGGCUUCUCGUGGAUUUCCGGUGGCAAAAAGCAUGGCUUCAGAUAAUUGAAGUGGACCACCUUCCUCUGACGACGUUUUCCCGGCUUCCGCCUCUCCUCUUCAAUGCGAUAGGUAACAUCAGAUAGAGCUUUCACCACCUUCCAAGGACCACACCAGGGUUUGAGGAAUUUCUUCCUUCUCGUCCUGGUUCGGUUUCUAUACCAAACCCGGUCUCCUACACGGAACCGCUGACCAUGGCACUUGGCGUCAUAAUAAGCUUUCUGGGACCUCUGCGCUCGCUUGAGGUUCUCUCUCACUAUCUGCUCCGUCUCUUCCAAUUGCUGCUUCUGCUCAACAACAUAAUCGGGGUAUGUCCGUGCCGACCCUUGGGAAGGUGUUGUCUCGAGCCUAAGGAGAGCAUCCAAUGGCAGAAUAGCUUCCCUGCCGAACAUUAAGCGGUAAGGGGUAAAUCCCGUCGACUCAUGCACACUAGUGUUGUAAGCAAGAACUGCUUUCGGCACAAAGUCCGCCCAGUCCCGGCGAUGGUCAGAAAUCAGCUUACUAAGGAUCUUCACCAGAGAUUUGUUCAGUCUCUCUACCUGCCCAUCCCCUUGGGGAUGGUAGGGCGUUGUCCUUGUUUUCGCUGCGUCAAUUAAAUCGCACAGACCUUUGAAUACAGCUCCAUCCACAUUGGCUCCCUGAUCAGAAUGCAAACCCUCGAAACACCCGAAACGGCAUAUGUAUUCAUCCAUCACCUUCUUCGCCAGCGUGACUGCUGAGGUGUUUCUCACUGGGAAGGCUUGAGCAAACUUAGUAAAAUGAUCGGAGACCACCAGCAACCACUCAUGGCCAGAGGUAGAUCUUGGUGUGGGACCUACGAUGUCUAUUGCAACCCUUUGUAGGGGGUGCCCUGCCUUAAUGUUUAUAAGGGGUGCCUUUGGAAGCUUGCAAGGGCGUUGACUUCAGCACAUGGGACACACCUUCUCACGUGCAUCUCGACAUCUUCCCGCAUGCCAUGCCAAUAAAAUCUGCUCCGCACUUUUUCUAGAGUCUUCGAGACGCCAAGGUGGCCUGCUGAAGGAUUGUUGUGCAAGGCGCACAACACUUGUGACACGACGCUCUCGGGCAAGCAGAUUUGAUGAUAAAUCUCUUCGCCUGUCACUUCGUGUUCCCAACGUCUAAACACCAGACCGUCCCUGAGAAACAGCCUUCCCCAUUGUGACCAGUAUGACAAAAGUUUGCGCCCCCCUCCUUCCACAUCGCCUCUAGCAGGUCUGACACCAGUUUCAAGCCACCUCAUAACUUGCGACAGGACAGGAUCUUGGUUUUGGGCUGCACGUAUACGUUCUCUCGACAAGGGUUCCAUAUUCACAGACUGAAUCAGGGUGGCGUCCCUCUCUACCUUAACCGAUGCACCCUCGUCCCAGGGAAGGCGGGACAGUCCAUCCGCAUUGCCGUGCAACUGACCCGGACGAUGUUCCACCUCGAAAUCAAAGUCACUAAGCCUUUCAAGCCACCUAGCCACCUGGCCUCUAGGGUUUUUAAAGUUCCGUAGCCACUGCAGAGCACUAUGGUCAGUCCUGACCCGAAAACAUCGCCCGUAAAGGAAUGUCUCGAAGUGCUCCGUUCCCCACACGAGGGCCAACAGUUCCUUCCGGGUGGUACUAUAGUUCCUUUCAGCCUUUGAUAGAGCGCGUGCUGCGUAUGCUAUUACACGUUCUUUCCCACAUUGAACCUGCGACAACACCGCCCCCAGCCCACUGUCACUGGCAUCACUGUCCAGGAUGAACGGUACGUCUAGCUGGGGAAAAGCCAGGAUGGGAGCACUCGACAAUCUGUGCUUGAUGUCCCGGAAAGCUUCCUUGCACUCAGCUGUCCAUCUGAAACGGUCCCCCUUUUGACAAGCACGGUGCAAAGGGGAUGCAAUGUGGGCGUAGUUUGGCACAAAUUGUCUGUAGUAACCAGCCGUCCCCAAGAACGCUCUCAGCUGACUCUCAUCAACUGGCUCCGGCCACUCCUUUAUGACUCUUAUUUUCUCUGGAUCAGUAGAUAUGCCCUCCCGUGACACGACGUGACCUAACACAACCACCUGUUCACACAAAAGCUUGCAUUUCUUGGGGUUAAUCUUCAAGCCUGCUUCUGUCAAGCGUGACAACACAAGUGACAGUCUCUCCCUAUGCUCCUGUAGUGUUCGACCAAAGACAAUGAUAUCAUCUAGAUACACUAGACAGUCUGACCAGCAUAAACCCUUCAAGAUAAGGUGCAUAGCCCUCAUAAAACACGCAGGUGCAUUCGUAAGGCCAAAACUUAGUUUGCGGAAUUGGUAAAGACCAUCCGGAGUUGCGAACGCCGUCUUUUCCCGAUCUUCCUCUGCCACAUCAAUUUGCCAAUAUCCCCUAAGGAGGUCGAGAUGAGAAAACCACUGUGCCCCAGAUAAACUCUCCAAUAUGUCAUCACACCGAGGAAGCGGGUACAAGUCUCGCUUGGUUACCGAGUUAAGAGCGCGGUAGUCCACACAGAAACGUUGACUGCCAUCAGGUUUCGCUACUAAAACCACCGGAGAGGACCAAGGGGAAUCGGACGGUUCUAUAAUCUCUGCUUCGAGCAUUUCAUCCACUUGGUUGCGCAUUUCUUGCCUUUUGUGAAAGGGAACUCUUCGCGGCGGUACCUGGAUUGGCUUGGCAGAGCCUGUGUCGAUGGUAUGUUGUACGCCCUUCGCAGUACCUAAAUCCCACGGCCCCUUUGAAAGGCAGUCAGCAUAAGUGGACAACACCUCAUAAUGCCUAAGUUUUUCCUCUUCCGGGACCAAAUCGCUGCUGAUAGGGAACAUCUCUUCUACCAAUAAACUGUGAACGUCAGCGUCCCUCACAAAAACCGCACUACAUUGUUUAGCUUCCAAUCCAACCUCAACAUCUUCCUUUGAGGCCGUAGGGGGUACCACCUUGUAGCCCACACCCACAUUGGUUUCCUCCUGUGAUCCCUCCUCGCCAGCUAAUGGGUAGAGGUCCCCUAUACUGCUACACCUGUAAAUCUUGAGGGGCUUGUUAAGGUAAUUGAACACACGAACUGGGAUUCGACCUCCUUUCACAGUCACGGCCGUCCGAAAGGCCCCAGCUGAAUAUCUUUCUGAAAACUUGUCCGCUGGUUCCAGUACACCCAUACAUUCGUCUAAGUCAUCUACCCCUUGGACCUCACAAGGUAUGUCUGCGACCAUAUUUGGAGAUAAUGUGACGGUUUCGGCCACAGCGAUCCUGUAAACUCUAUCAAGGCAUCCGAAAGCCAUUUUGUUGGGUCCCUCCUUGCUGUAGACAGUGUUAGUGUCAAAGUUAAUAAUACAUUUGUGAGUUGUUAGGAAAUCUACACCAAUCAACACUUGUUGUGCCAAGCCUCGGCACACCAGCACUUUAUGCUUAGCCCUGAUUGCGCCCAGCUGAAUUGUUACUUCUGUUUCUCCAACCACAUCAAGUGGCAUGUUAUUGGCUCCCAGGACAGGCUUCAGUGCGGACUCAAGUUUGUUUAUAUGUGUCUUAGAGCGACUGUACAGGUCUUCACUGAUAAUUGUUGCUUCUGCACCUGUGUCUAAUAAGGCUUGAGACUUAACACCAUUGACAUCACAAGGCAAAAAUGCUCCCUUUGGAUUCUCGGGCGGGGUCACUUUCGGCUGCGCCCCGCCCAUCUCCCGUUUCCCUGGUCGGGACGGACUUGAUGUGGACAGUCACGAAUAAAAUGAGUCGGGCUACCGCAUUUAAAACAUGCUCUGGGGCCUUGUCCAGAUUCUAAACUUUCAUUCCUACCUUGCCUCCCUUGAGGAAUAUUCUUGAGCUUCUCUAAGAUUUCAGCUUGCUGUUGAAAAAGCUCCUUAGCCCACGCUGGGGGUUCUUGGGUGCCCUGUUGGGAGCCAAACUUUUCCUGCUCCCCAGAUGUUGAAGACAGUACUCGAGCACUUCCCUUGUUUAGCACUCUUUGAUUUGAUUCAUAUCGCUGAGCUGCCGCUAGGGCCUCAUCCAAAGUAUUGGGCCCUAAAUCCAACACCUUCUCUCGCAAUAUAAUAGGGGUUAAAGCACCCACGAAGAAAUCUCUGGCCGUGCGAUUGAGUAUAUCCGGGGGGUCAUCCGGAUAGGCCAGCUCCACAAGACGAGAAAUGUCGCACCUCAGUUGAUGUAGAUCUUCGUCAGGACGUCUUAAUUUAGCUCGUAGAGUGGAAAUGUGUACCUGACGAGAUUCCUUAGGAUGAAAUCGAUCUGUCAGAGCGCGUUCAACGGCCGUCCACGUGGCUGUUUGUUCGGCAGUCAGGCUGUAAUAGGUCUGUUCGGCAAGGCCUUUCAGGUACGCGGGUAAUAUUUGACAUUGAAGCUCAGGACUCCACUUGUUAAGGGCUGCAAUACUUUUAAAUUUCCGUAUCCAAACCACCCAACUUUCGCCGGACGUCGCAGAGAAGCUCUCCGGUUUGAUGCGAAGCGGGUUUUCUGGCGACGUGGUCGGUGAACUGCCGCUUGCACCAGCCUUACUUUCACUUUUCUUUCCAAGUUUCGCCUCGAGGAGCGCCACUUUCUCUUCCAAAGCUUUCACAGUAUCUUCCAUGGCAAAAAAUCCCACUGCUGCCACCAAAUGUAACACAAAUAACACAGCUAGCGUUUGAAUCACUUUACUAAAACUAGCACAACAGUCACGCGAGUCGUAGGUCUCCUAAACUGCGCAUGUCCGACCCAACUCGGGCUCAGGCCCCACGCUACAUGUUCACAGUCCUCUAGCUCUAAGAUCAUCGAGAUCGAGCGCUUUGUGUUACUGGCUGCUAUCUUGCAUGAGUGUUAAAACUACUUAGGGGACGGGGGCGGUUUGGGAGGAAGCGAGGAAAAUGGGGGGGCUGUUAUAACACCACUGCAGCUCGCGUUCAGGAGGCGUGACAGGAAUUUCUCGCCUUUUACCAUUUCAUUAAUUAAGAAACUCCACUGGUGAUGAAAAACAUGCCAGACGCAUUUAGCAUCAAUUAUGCGUUUUUACAAAUAUCUUCAGUGAUUUAAAAAAAAACGCCUGCGUUGCUGGUACAACGUGCUCCGUGAACGCAAACUGCAGUGAUGUUAUUAUAGUCCCUCUAUUUUUCUCGCCCCUCCCCCCCCCCCGAGCUAUAAUCCCCGACACCCACCCCCUCGGUACAUUUGAAAAUUAAGAUACCUAAGACGUGGUAUAUCUAAACAAUGUCACGAAAAAAUAGGGGGCUGUGAAUGGUCUAAGCUUAUCAAUGCAAACAGACCAAGAAUGAAAAAAUUAAAGUGUGGUGUAAAUAACUUUAAAGAAACUAUUUGACCUUUUCACAUUAGGAGCUGAACAAUACGUGUUUAAACAAAAGAACUUGUGCAACGCUUGACUUUGUUUGAAGCUUUAGAUUGAUGUGUUUGAUGCGGGUUCAUAGCCUGUGUUUGCAUUUGCUUGUGGUUUCUCUUUGUUGGCUGAACACUGCAGAUGGUUUGGAUGGUGCUGGAAAUGCAUUCUAAGAGGUGCAGACCCCCACCCCUCUAGAAACUCGUACCUUUGGUGCGAGUUUUUUCCUUCUCCACCUACUCCAAAGCUUUUGCCACCUACUUAACCCAUUCGCCCCUGAACCGCCCGUAACCGCCCGUGCAGAUCCACGUCCUUUCUACCCUUUGUGACGUCAUCAGUUUUAACGGUCAAGGACAACUUUGCCCGCUAACUUGUGCAGAGUGAAGAGAUCUUUCAAACCAUACCAGAAUGAGCACAAUUCAGUCAAGGAUACCGGAGAAAGAGGCAAAAAACCAUGUAACAUUGACCUGAAAAUCUCCAUGAAAAUCUUGUUCUAUUGCCCAGUUACCUUUCCUUUCACCUAAUCCUAAGAUCCUAAAAGCUUUCCUAAAAACUAUUCCCACCAAAAUGAAGCCUACUAAAUGCCCAGCAAGAGAAAAAAAAAAUGAGGCAAGAAAAGCGAAAAAAGAGGGGAGGAGAGAAAGCGAAAAGUAAAAGUCAAGACUGCUGUGUCACUUUUAAACCCAAAAACUAUGUCGAAAUUUUGCUUUCUGCGCAUGCCCGAACUUCGCAAGCUGAUAUUUUGCAUCUGGAUCAGAAGGCCAUGAAGUGUACGACCUGUAAACCGGUUUUUGGUAAGUUUUAGCUCUUUAUAGCACGACAGUGACCAGAAAACCACUCGACUAGCUUCAAAACGCGUUUUUCGGCAAAAACUCCAGGAGCGAAUGGGUUAACAUCUCAUUGAAAACCCUGUUCUUUGCUGUUGUUUUGCACGACUACAUCAUGAAACUUCCAGCAACUUCUAGUUACACGUUUUAUGGACCAAAUUUCAUGUGUUCUUAUUUACUUGUUUUGUUACUGCUGCUCAUUUUUACCUUGGUGGCCGCUAGCAUUUCUCAUUUUCUCCCCACUGCUAUAAAAUUUUCAUGUUGUUCUUCCAACAAAAAAUGUCUCCUUUGUAUUUUUUUCUCUCUCUCUAGCUCUAUGUCACUCUUUUUCCUAUUGAGCUUUGCUGGCCAGUCUCCUACUUUCUCUUUUUCGGCUCCCUCUUUCCCUUUCUCUACAUUCCAAAUUUGUGGACAUGACAAUUAAUCUAAGCUUAAUACUGCAUGCAAUACAGAUACAGAAACAAUUUCGCCUUUCCGUUUUUAUCUUUAUCAGGGUCUGAAAUUGCGCCUUCCUGGUCGCCAAUGCGACUAAAAAUUCAGUCCUGGCGACCAGAAUUUCAUAGCUGGUCGUCAGCUAGCAACUUGUAAAGCUGGUUGUUAUUGUGGACUUUAACGUUCGGAGAAACUUCGAAGCUAUUUGCCAACAGGUGUCUUACUUUUGUCCUGCUGAUAUUUUUUAAUUAAAAAUGAAACGAAUCUUCCUGUAAUAAUACCUCCACAACAGCUACGAUCAAUAUGAGUUGCACGUUUCCAUGCCGUCAUGUUGUUUUCCAUAGCUGAAAUACGGCAAGUACGUUAUGUACUUUGUGGACUGGUACGAGCAAUGUGGUACAGUUGUGGCCUGGUACGAGUUUUGAUAUGAUAAGUGCAGUCAUGGGCAGAGAGCUUUUUGUUCCUAUGUUCUAGGUCAGAUAGCUUUAUAUCUCCAAAAAGUAAUUUGUGGAGAAGAAGUGCAAUUUUUGAGCAUAAAAAUGUCCAUACCAUGCAUUUUUUAUUCGUGUUGUAACUUUUAUUUGAAAAAAAGGGAGGGGGGAUUUUUGGCGACCACAAUUUGCCCUCUGGCGACCAAAAAUUUAUACUUGAUUGCCAGUUGGCGCCCGUAUUAAAAAGUUAAUUUCGGACCCUGUUUAUUGAUUUCGGUUGUCUCUGCUUUACAAGACACAGGUGGCUAUGCAAUUUCCUGCCAAAAUAACCUUGAGUUGCAUUUGGGUUGCCAUACAUGUUGACUGAGUUAUUUUACAUUGGUGUGCCUGUGGUGCGGACAGACGGCGGGCGAGCAGACGGUCAUGUGAUUACCAAAAUUUCUCGGAUGGGUAGAUUACCACAUUUUCUUAGGUAUGGGGCUUAAUGAUAAACUACAUUGUAAACAAAACAGAAAAGCUAGCAGAAAUGUUUUCCCUGGGAGUGUGUGAAUAUUUUAUAAGAAAUAGAGUUUUGUUCAUACUACUCCUGCAUCAUAAGCACUUCACAGAUUGCCCAAUAGGCCAUUUCUGAGCUCCAACUCCUUUGAUUUUUAAAAUGAUGCCAAGUGCAAAAAUGAUCAAAAGACUGUGAACUUCCCUCAAUGCUUUUAAAAGGAGGCUUUCAGUGGCAACAUGGAAAUGGCCUAUUUUUAGUGUGCCCACCUUUACUCAUUCUCUCUUUUUUGUAGGAUGAAUAUUGUGGAAGUAUGCCUAAACAUCGUGACAUUUAUUUUGGUGAGUGAAGGAACAACCAUAAGUAACAGUCACAGGCAACCCAGUUUCACAAUACAAACUGAUCUACACUAAAAUCCAUAGCCUUGACAGGAACAAAAUGUAUGUGUAUUUUUGGAAACAGUAGCAAAGUGUUCCAGAUGAAGUUAUAUUUGUCAUUUAUUUGUGUUAUUCGGGGGCAAAUUCUCAGCCAAGUAGUUUCCAUUGUUUGUUUCUAUUAAUAUAAGUUUACUGAUCUUGUAAGAAUUGAAAUUCUUGGGGUCAAAGAAGGCAGGGGAGUAGUGUGGUCUGGAUUGAAGACUCUGUUUGCGAGUCAGACCAAAAUGUCAGUGAAAAUUGAGCAGUGAAAGAUUUUUUUAACUCAGCACAAGUUGCAGUCAGUUCUUGGUUAUGCUUAUGUUUGACCUUGAACCUAAUUUCUUGAUGAUCUUGAUAGCUCAAAGCACUUUGUAUUUGAGAAAGAUUUACCUCAUACGUUACCUCUAAAUUUUUUCUGUAGGCUUGAAAUUUAUACAUCUUUAGAAAUGAUGUAUUUGAUCUAGCACAGUUGAGCCAUCCAUUUUUUAAAUUGUUAUUUCCUCAACCACCAUGAGUUUUGAAAUUCAAACCUUUUUUGAAGUUGGUUGAUCAACAAAUCAUUUCAAACACUGGACAUGAGGUGUAACUAAAAAACACUUUGGGUAAAUCAAGUUGGGUAUCCUGUGGUAAAAAUAAAUGAAAACAAAUCCUUGUUUUUUUAAAAACUUUUUCAGCAUUAUUCCAUGGAUUACACAACAUACUGUAUAUAUAGUUAUUAUUAUUAUUUUUUUUCACACUAUUUUGACAGCCCAUGUGUCUCUGGGGCGGAUCCAGGGGUGGUUCGUUCGAACCCAUUAAACCGAAAUGACAACAUCUAAACACGAGCAGUUUCUGACAAGAACCUUUGGUGGACAUACAUUGCUAACAAAUACUAUAUGUUUAAUCUUUUGGAAAAUGACUGUGAUGAAAAGAAAAAACAUUGACAGAGGAGAGUCCUUUCCCGCUUUUAAAUGCCGUGUUGAUUCCAUUUUUGAAGAAAAUCAGAAGUGAUUUUUUGAGCACAUGACAAAUACAAAUUUAUAACCGGUAUUUCAGGUUUUAUAUUUGUUAUUGGUCUCGAUCGUUGUAAAUUUUUAAGAGUAGUUCAUGUGUAAAAUAGCUAAAAAAGGGAUCGUUUCAAAGGCAUGAGACAACGCACAAUUAUCCUUUAAACGCCUGGAUCCACCCCAGUGUCUGUCCUCAGAAAUUAACAUAUUGUAAUGUUAAGCUAUCACACCUCUUUUUCAGCACAGAAAAUCCAGUGUAAAGUCUGUCAUUUGUGGGAUUGUUGUAAGCACAAUGACCUGUGCCAAAACUAUUCUCUUCACACUUAUGGCCACACAACUGUGUACUGAAGAAGUCCUCUUUGAAAAUGUGGAUUGGCCUAUUUUUGCCGGGUUGUUUGUCAUUCCAAAUUCAAUUUGGAUUGUAGUGCCAUUUCUUUGCAUUGUUAAAUUAAGCUCAACAUUAAUAAACAACAUGGAGAAGCACAAAAAGGAGGCAUAAUGUGACUAGUGUAUUGUACAAUAUUUUUGUAGGCAUGAAACAGCGGCGAGAGUGAAUUUGUGCGUACAUGACGUGGAUAUUACAGGCACUAGUUCACCACAUGUUCUACAUUGCACCUGUGUUUAUAACAUAUAACUUAAACUUAACAUGUCACUUAAUUUGAAUUUGUAAAUUACAUAAUAUCAGAAAGGUGUGGUUGAAGUAUCUGCUUUCCACACCGUUUUUGGUUUCCUCAUUGGCAGUUUGAAUUUCAAUAAUGAUUCAUGAUUCUUAACAGUAUUUAAGAGAAAGUUUUUACAUGCAUUAAAGGCCUUUCCUUAGGUGUUUGCAAAAAAAGUAAUGUCAGACUCAGAGAGAACUAGGCAAAAAAUAAUAACCAAAAAAAACCGGCCAGAAUUAUAUAAUUGAAAUAUCUCAGGAUGACUGUUACAUGUACUUACAAAAUGGGCCACCCCCUGCCUAUGUAUGCAUUCCUUGACUCCCUACCCUUUAGGAUUUGGAUAGCCUGUGUGGCAGGUGCCGGUUAAGUGAGGAUGAAGGGAAAAUUUCAAGGACGUGUGUCCUAGUCAAUUCAAAUUAUUGCCCUCUUCCCAUGUUUUUAUCAAAUUAAAGUUGUUCAGAUUUGGUCAUAGAUAAUCAGUGUGCAAAAAUGUUUGAUGGAACUUGAGACAUAAUUUCACUAUUAGUCAGAACUUUUACCUAAUGCAUUAAAUAUAACCUAAUAACUGUAGAUGUACACCGUAUGCAGAGGCCAGUUGAACAAAACUUAACAUUACAACAUACAUGGAAUUAUCAUUCAGCAUGACUGGUCCUUCCUUCAGGUUUAAUAGGCUUUUAAUGAACAAAAUGGAGUUUUAAAGCCAAUCAACAUCUUUCUUGCCAUAAUAAGGGAAAAAUAAAAUUGAGUACCAGUAAGCACUUCCUGAUGUAUCUGAACUUUGUGCAAAAUAAAAAUACAUUGUUCAAGGAGUUACGGUAUCACUGAUUUUCUCAGGUUGUAGGAAAACAGCUCCAAAUUCCUCUCUGUU